AUGCCAAAAGCAUUUGAUUUACCAGCGAGGCGUGACGAAUUCCUGAAUUAUGCGAAAAACCAUCCGGACACGCUCUGGGUGAAAAAGAACAAUGAGCAUCGAGGCAUCAAAAUUCAGAGUGUUAAAACAAUCGAUCUUUCGGACAAAAAUUCAUUUAUACAGGAAUAUUUGUCGCAUCCAUUUCUUAUUGAUAAUCGGUAA